CCUCGCGAGGGCUGCUGGGAGCGCGCAUGCGCCGCGCGAGGACGCGGCAACGUCGGCGGCGCGGGGGCUGUCGGGUGCGGCGGCGCUUUGCGGCGGGUCGUGCGGCGGCUGCGCAGGUGACUGAGCGGCAGGUCUGCUGAGCAGCGGCGUCGUGUCGCGGCAGGACUGGGACCCCGUGCGGCGGAGUCGGGCCAUGGCCCCGCGGCUGCAGCUGGAGAAGGCGGCCUGGCGCUGGGCGGAGACGGUGCGGCCCGAGGACGUGUCGCAGGAGCACAUCGAGGCCGCCUACCGCAUCCGGCUGGAGCCCUGCCUCCGCGGCGUGUGCAGACGAAACUGCAAAGGAAAUCCGAAUUGCUUGGUGGGGAUUGGUGAGCACAUUUGGUUAGGAGAAAUAGAUGAAAAUAGUUUCCAUAAUAUUGAUGAUCCCAACUGUGAAAGGAGGAAAAAGAACUCAUUUGUGGGCCUGACCAACCUUGGAGCUACUUGUUACGUCAACACAUUUCUUCAAGUGUGGUUUCUCAACUUGGAGCUUCGACAGGCACUGUACUUGUGCCCAAGUACCUGUAGUGACUUUGUGAUGGGAGGUGGUGUCCAGGAAGAGAAAGAUUAUGAGCCUCAGACAAUUUGUGAACAUCUCCAAUACUUGUUUGCAUUGUUGCAAAACAGCAAUAGGAGAUACAUUGAUCCAUCAGGAUUUGUUAAAGCAUUGGGCCUGGACACAGGACAGCAACAGGAUGCCCAGGAAUUUUCAAAGCUUUUUAUGUCGCUUUUGGAAGAUACAUUAUCUAAACAAAAGAAUCCAGAUGUAAGGAAUAUUGUCCAGCAACAGUUUUGUGGAGAAUAUGCUUAUGUAACUGUUUGCAAUCAGUGUGGCAGAGAGUCUAAACUUCUAUCAAAGUUUUAUGAACUAGAGUUAAAUAUCCAAGGCCAUAAACAGUUAACAGAUUGUAUCUCGGAAUUUUUGAAGGAAGAAAAAUUGGAAGGAGAUAAUCGAUACUUUUGUGAAAACUGUCAGAGUAAGCAAAAUGCAACAAGGAAGAUCCGACUUCUGAGCCUUCCUUGCACUUUGAACUUACAGCUUAUGCGCUUUGUCUUUGACAGGCAAACUGGACACAAGAAAAAGCUGAAUACCUACAUUGGCUUCUCAGAAACUCUGGAUAUGGAGCCUUAUGUGGACCAUCAAGGUGGGCCCUAUGUGUAUGAACUUGGUGCAGUUCUCAUACACAGAGGAGUGAGUGCUUACUCUGGCCACUACAUUGCCCAUGUGAAAGACCCGCAGUCUGGCGAGUGGUAUAAAUUUAAUGAUGAAGACAUUGAAAAGAUGGAGGGGAAGAAAUUACAGCUGGGGAUUGAGGAAGAUCUAGCAGAACCUUCAAAGUCCCAGACUCGGAAACCCAAGUGUGGCAAAGGAACUCAUUGUUCUCGUAAUGCAUACAUGUUGGUUUAUAGACUACAAACUCAAGAAAAGCCCAACACAGCCAUUCAGGUACCAGCUUUUCUUCAAGAACUGGUAGACCGGGACAAUUCCAAGUUUGAGGAGUGGUGCGUUGAAAUGGCUGAGAUGCGUAAGCAAAGUGUGGAUAAAGGAAAAGCAAAGCAUGAAGAGGUUAAGGAGCUGUACCAAAGGUUACCUGCUGGAGCUGAGCCCUAUGAAUUUGUCUCUCUUGAGUGGCUGCAGAAGUGGUUGGAUGAGUCAACACCCACCAAGCCCAUCGAUAAUCAUGCUUGCCUGUGUUCCCAUGACAAGCUUCAUCCUGAUAAAAUAUCGAUUAUGAAGAGAAUAUCUGAAUAUGCUGCUAACAUUUUCUAUAGCCGAUAUGGAGGAGGACCAAGACUAACUGUAAAAGCCCUGUGCAAGGAGUGCGUAGUCGAACGAUGUCGUGUGUUACGUUUGAAGAACCAACUAAAUGAAGAUUAUAAAGCUGUUAGUAAUCUGCUCAAAACCACGAUAAAAGGCAGUGAAGGCUUUUGGGUGGGGAAAUCCUCCCUGCGGAGUUGGCGCCAACUAGCUCUUGAGCAGCUGGAUGAGCAAGAUGGUGAUGCAGACCAAAGCAAUGGGAAAAUGAACGGCAACUCCAUGAACAAAGAUGAGUCAAAGGAAGAAAGAAAAGAGGAGGAUGAAGUAAAUUUUAAUGAAGAUAUUGUGUGUCCACAUGGAGAAUUGUGCAUAUCUGAAAAUGAAAGGAGGCUUGUCUCUAAAGAGGCUUGGACCAAACUGCGACAAUACUUCCCAAAGGCACCAGAGUUUCCAAGUUGCAAAGAAUGCUGUUCUCAGUGUAAGAUUUUAGAAAGAGAAGGGGAAGAAAAUGAAGCCUUACAUAAGAUGAUAGCAAAUGAGCAAAAGACUUCUCUUCCAAAUUUGUUUCAGGACAAAAACAGACCAUGUCUCAGUAGCUGGCCAGAGGAUACGGAUGUGCUCUACAUUGUGUCACAAUUCUUUGUCGAAGAAUGGAGGAAAUUUGUUAGAAAGCCCACAAGAUGUAGCCCUGUGUCAUCAGUUGGCAACAGUGCUCUCCUGUGUCCACAUGGAGGACUCAUGUUUACCUUUGCUUCCAUGACCAAAGAAGAUUCUAAACUUAUAGCUCUCAUAUGGCCCACUGAGUGGCAAACAAUGCAAAAGCUAUUCGUUGUGGAUCACAUAAUUAAAAUCACAAGGACUGAAGUGAGAGAUGUAAAUCAUUCAGAAGCACAGUAUAUUUCUGAGCCUAAACUCUGUCCUGAAUGCAGAGAAGGUUUGCUAUGUCAGCAACAGAGGGACCUUCGAGAAUAUACUCAAGCUACCAUCUAUGUCCAUAAAGUUGUGGAUAACAAAAAGGUGAUGAAGGAUUCUGCUCCAGAGCUGAAUGUUAGUAGUUCUGAAACAGAGGAGGAUAAGGAAGAAGCUAAACCAGAUGGAGAAAAAGAUCCAGAUUUCAAUCAAAGCAAUGGAGGAACAAAGAGGCAAAAGAUAUCUCAUCAGAAUUACAUAUCUUAUCAAAAGCAAGUCAUUCGACGGAGUAUGCGACAUAGAAAAGUUCGUGGUGAGAAAGCACUUCUUGUUUCUGCUAAUCAAACGUUGAAAGAAUUGAAAAUUCAGAUCAUGCACGCGUUUUCAGUUGCUCCAUUUGACCAGAAUCUGUCAAUUGAUGGAAAGAUUUUAAGUGAUGAUUGUGCCACUCUUGGCACGCUUGGCGUCAUUCCUGAGUCUGUUAUUUUGUUAAAGGCUGAUGAACCAAUUGCUGAUUAUGCUGCAAUGGAUGAUGUCAUGCAAGUAUGUAUGCCAGAAGAAGGGUUUAAAGGUACUGGUUUACUUGGACAUUAAUCUUUUGAACACUUGCUGGCUGCUGAGAAAUGACCACAAAGGAAGAGGAGUUUGACGUGUUGGGGCAUUAAAGAAAAGGUGGAUUUAAGAAGUAAACCAUUACACGACUCUUCCAAAAGGCAAAAAGCAACUAUCCCACAUGCCUUAUGUCAAAUAAAGCAGAUUGCACUGAAGGACAUAAGACUUGAAAGAAAUGUUUCAAAUUUUAUAUUUAAAGGGAGGGAGUGGGCCAAGUAAAGAUUUAACAAGUGUAGUAGCUGUAACAGUAAAUCAUGUUUACAUAUGAGAUUUAUAGUCACAGGAGGUAAUAAAGUGCAGUUAUAUUUCCUUGCUCAAUUUUCAUACCAGAUGCAUUGGUCCAUAAAGAAUUUGUGUCACAGUAGAGGGACAUCUUGCUCUGAACAAAAAGUAAUUCUUUAUGGAAACAUACCUUGCUUGCCACUUGUCUGAUUCAUAUUUUACUUUGAAUAAAUCAUGGAAGUGAAG